AUGUCGUCCUUUCACAUAAAACCCAUUUGGAUGUGGAAAGGCUCGGGCGACAACUAUGCUUACCUUCUCACCUGCGAUAAAACCAAGGCUGCAGCCAUCGUCGACCCUGCCGAGCCCUCCUCCGUUAUUCCAAUUCUUAAGAAUGCCAUUGCCAACAAAGAGAUUGAUCUCAAGGCCAUCAUUACCACCCAUCAUCAUUCAGACCAUGCCGGUGGAAACCGUGAGCUGCUGAAGCAAUUCCCGAACCUUACGGUUUACGGCGGACAAAACGUAAGCCAAGUGUCACAUGUUCCCAAGGACCAUGAGGUUAUUCAGAUUGGAGAUGUGAAGGUUACCGCUCUGCACACUCCUUGCCACACUCGAGACAGCAUCUGUUACUAUGUAGACUCGCCCGAGAAGCGUGCUGUGUUCACGGGAGACACCCUCUUCACCGCCGGCUGUGGUCGUUUCUUCGAGGGAGAAGCGGAUGAGAUGGAUCAUGCUUUGAACACUGUGCUUGGCUCACUUCCUGACGACACCGUCACGUACCCCGGUCAUGAAUACACCAAGUCAAAUGCGGCGUUUGCCUCCAAGGUGUUUAGCACACCCGCACUGACGAAACUCGUUGAGUUUUGUAAGUCUCACGAGUCUACCACCGGCCAAUUCACCAUUGGCGACGAGAAGAAGUUCAACCCAUUCUUUCAGUUGAGUAACGCUGACGUUCGGGCUGCUACGAAAACCAACAACCGUGUCGAUACUAUGGCUAAGCUCCGUGCUAUGAAGAAUGCUAGUUAA